GAUAAUAGUUUCAGUUGCCGCGAUCUUGAUAACCAUGGCAGAGUCAUCUCUUGCCAUUCGCCUCUCUGAUGAUUGUGAAAGCCAGAGCAAUGAAAUCCCAGUUGAACCUACAAACGAUUCGGGACCAAAUGCAGACGUUGGAAUCGAGGAGAAUGGACAUGAUCUUCUUGAUGUGAUUCCAGUAGAGGACAACGAGGGAGAAAUCGAAGAGCAUGUAGAAGAUCCGGUAAUCAAUAAUAGAGAUAUUGAAGAACCGGUUCAAAAUGGCGACGUGCCUGUGGACAAGACUGAUAUCUCGCAUGAACCAGCAAAUCAAGCUGUGGCUGAUGCGUCUCAGGGAGCAUCUUCCGAGAGCAAAGUUACCUGCGGGCCAAAAACUCCAGAAGGCUCUCCGAAGUACUAUUACAAUCAUGUUGAUCCAGACGAUUUCUUCAAAGAGCCACAAAUGCAAGAGGGUCCAAGUUCAUCCAAGAGUUCGACUGGAAAAAGAAAAGCGGCUGAUGACAUCCCGGAAGAUCCCUCGGCAAAAAAAGUGAGACUUGAACCGAUCGAAGAAGAAGAAAUUGAUGAGUGAAACUUCCACGAUUAUAGUGACAACCUUCAAAAUAUACUUUGAUUUCAUAUUUGACUCGUUAUUCUCUGAUUUCAUUACUAAUAAAUUACUAUUC